AUGUUAGAUCUAGACGCCUGCUUAGAAAAACUAUACAAUAAACAGCUAUUAGCUGAAUGUGUGAUUAAAGAAAUAUGCGAAAGAGCAAAAGAACUAUUGAUGAAGGAAAGCAAUGUUGUUCACAUUAGUGCACCAGUAACUGUCGUUGGUGAUAUUCAUGGUCAAUACUAUGAUUUAAUAGAAAUAUUUCGGAUAGGAGGCUAUUGUCCUGAUACCAAUUAUCUAUUCCUUGGUGACUAUGUCGAUCGUGGAUUAUACAGCAUAGAGACGAUAUCCUUACUUGUUUGCUUGAAAUUGAGAUAUCCUGAUCGAGUACAGCUCAUAAGAGGAAACCAUGAAUCAAGAGCAGUAACUCAGACCUAUGGGUUCUAUACAGAAUGUAUGCGAAAGUAUGGAUCAACACAAGUGUGGAAGCAUUUUACAGAUAUGUUUGAUUAUUUGACGUUAUCUGUAGUCAUUGAUAAUAGCAUAUUUUGUGUGCAUGGAGGACUAUCACCAACUAUCCAUGUCUUGGAUCAAAUAAGAAUCAUUGAUCGAUUCAAAGAAAUACCACAUGAAGGAGCUAUGGCCGAUCUUGUUUGGUCUGAUCCUGAUCCUGAUAAAGAAGAAUUUGCAAUAUCUGCAAGGGGAGCUGGAUAUAUGUUUGGUAGUCUAGUUGUUGAAAGAUUCUUACAUAUGAACAACAUGAGCCAUAUCCUGAGAGCACAUCAACUGUGUAAUGCAGGUUAUCAAGUAUUAUUUAAUGACAAAUUAUCUACUGUAUGGUCAGCACCUAAUUACUGCUAUCGCUGUGGUAAUUUAGCAUCCAUACUCGAAGUGGGUGUGUAUGGUGAGAGAUAUUUUAAUGUAUUUGAUGCUGCACCAGAAAAUGAACGUAUUCUGGAUGGAAAUGAUACCUACGGAAAGGAAAUGGAAUAUUUCUUAUAG